AAAAAACAAAGAAAAAUGCGUCAUUUUUCAAGGAGCAAUCUAGAAAAUAUAUAUAUAACCAACAUAAAAAUGGGUGCAAAAGGAACAAAGCUUACUCCAGAAGAAAUAAAAGAACUUCAAAAAGCGACAUACUUUGAUAAAAAAGAGCUUCAAAAAUGGUAUAGAGAUUUCAUGAAAGACUGUCCUUCUGGUAAACUUCAUCAAGAGGAGUUUGAAAGAAUCUACCAACAAUUUUUUCCCUUUGGUGACCCAUCGAAGUUUGCAGCAUUUGUAUUCAAAGUUUUUGAUAAAAAUGCUGAUGGUUGUAUUAACUUUCAAGAAUUCAUUACUGCUUUAUCGAUUACUUCCAGAGGAACUUUAGAUGAGAAAUUAGAAUGGGCGUUUUCAUUAUACGAUCUUGAUAAAAAUGGAUAUAUUACAAGGGAUGAAAUGUUACAUAUAGUUGAAUCUAUAUACAGAAUGGUCGGGAAAAUGGUUGACUUACCAGAGGAUGAAAAUACACCUGAUAAACGUGUUGAUAAAAUAUUUAAGAAAAUGGAUAAGAAUUUUGAUGGUCAACUAACGAUGGAGGAAUUUAGGGAAGGUUCAAAAUGUGAUCCAUGGAUUGUUCAAGCUUUAGCUAUCGACAUUCCAGAGGAAGAGGUUGUGCAAGAAAAAAGUUAAUUUGCAUAUAUUUGCAUAUAUUUUUUUAAUAAACGGGAAAUUCCUCCCAGUUUUUGUGCAAUGAAUUUUUUCUACAUAAAUGCAGAUUUUUUUUAAAAAUUUCUUUUAGUGUACAUUAGUUGCAUAUUUCUCUUACAUUUUUCAAUAAAAAAUGGAAUAUACUAAUGAAUUUGUAAAUUCAUUUUACAUGGAACAAAAAAUCUAAAUUUAUUAGUCUUAUUUUAAACACUUAAAAAUUAGUUUUCGCUUUCAGAUUCAAAUUCUACGAAACGUUAAAUGUUUAAUUCUAUCGUUUGUACAUUAUAUUAUAUAUAGUUAUACAAUUUGAUAUUUUUCUUUCUGGAUAAUAUUUUUGAUUAUAAUUUAGUAAAAUUGUAGUCCUUUUUAGUGGGUUAAAGUUUUUACUUGUCGUUAUAUAAAUGAUGGAUUGGUACUGAGUAGAUUCUCUUGUCCUGAGUCUUCAAAUAUAUUUUUAUAUAUAUAUUUUUGCUUAAAAAGCCCAACGUUUUAGAAAAUAUUUAUUUUGUUAAAAUUUGUUUAUAACAACAAUUUGUGGAUAGUCUUCUUGUAA